AUGAUGGAAAAUGUUUCCUCUGUAAGAAGCUUUGUUCUCUCAGGUAUAAAUGAGACAAUGAAUUACAGAAUUAGUAUCUUCUCACUCACUUUACUGUACUAUUGUGUGAUUUUGUUUUUCAAUAUCUCUCUCAUCGCUGUCAUUAUCACAGAUGAAAACCUGCAUGAACCAAUGUACAUCUUACUGUACAGUUUUUGCAUUAAUGGACUUUAUGGGACCACAGGUUUCUACCCCAAAUUCCUUUUAGAUCUCCUGUCGUCGUCUCAAGAAAUCUCAUAUGAAGGAUGUCUUUUACAGGCUUUUGUCAUGUACUCAUUUGCUUGCUGUGAUUUGUCCAUUCUCGCAGUUAUGGCUUACGACAGGUAUGAGGCUAUAUGUCGACCACUGCACUACCACUCCUUUAUGUCUAAGAGGAGGCUCUGUCAGCUCGUGUGUUUCUCCUGGCUAACACCUUUCUGUAUUUUCUCCAUCAAUGUUAUGCUAACGUCAAGGCUAAAGUUAUGUGGUUCAAACAUGCAGAAAAUCUUUUGUGUGAACUGGAUUAUUGUUAAACUUGUUUGCCAUGAAGCUGACACCUUUCCAAAUAGUGUAUUUGCAUAUCUGACAAUUUUCAUCUAUGUGUUUCACGGCUUUUUCAUAAUUUGGACUUACAUGCAUCUUGUUAGAAAAUGUGCAAAGUCCAAAGAUGACAGGGUCAAGUUUAUGCAGACAUGUGUUCCCCAUUUAAUUUCUUUAAUUACCUUCAUUGUUGUUAUAUUAUUUGAUUUGAUGUACAUGAGAUUUGGCUCGGCAGAUUUACCUCAAAGCCUUCAAAACUUCAUCUCUAUAGAAUUUCUCCUUAUUCCUCCACUUAUGAAUCCAUUAAUAUAUGGAUUUAAACUGACCAAAAUACGAAACCGAAUUCUGUGUUUAGUUCGUGGUGGAAGAAAAUGA